CCAACAACAACCACAGUGGCCCCAACGACAACAACUGAGACCCCAACAACAACAACAGAGGCCCCAUCCACGACAACAGAGGUCCCAGCCACAACAACAGAAGUCCCAACAACCACAACAACAGAGGCCCCAACGUCAACAAGUGACGCUACAACCACAACAACAGAGGUCCCAACCACAACAACAGAAGUCCCAACAACAACAACAGAGGCCUCGACGACAACAAGUGAGGCUACAACCACGACAACAGAGGUCCCAACAACGACAACAAAUGAGACCCCAACGACAACUAGUGAGGCCCCAACCACGACAACAGAGGUCCCAAGCACAACAAUAGAGGUCCCAACCACAACAACAGAGGACCAAACCACAUCAACUGAGGCCCCAACAACAACCACAGUGGCCCCAACGACAACAACUGAGACCCCAACGACAACAAGUGAGGCUACAACCACGACAACAGAGGUCCCAACAAUGAUGACAAAUGAGACCCCAACAACAACUACUGAGGCCCCAACCACGACAACAGAGGUCCCAACCACAACAACAGAAGUCCCAACAACAAGAACAGAGGCCUCGACGACAACAAGUGAGGCUACAACCACGACAACAGAGGUCCCAACAACGACAACAAAUGAGACCCCAACGACAACUAGUGAGGCCCCAACCACGGCAACAGAGGUCCCAAGCACAACAAUAGAGGUCCCAACCACAACAACAGAGGACCAAACCACAUCAACUGAGGCCCCAACAACAACCACAGUGGCCCCAACGACAACAACUGAGACCCCAACGACAACUACAAAAGAGGCAGAAACCACAAAAUCUGAGGCCCCAACAACAACCACAGAGGUCCCAAUGACAACUAUUGAGACCCCAACCACGACAACAGAAGCCCUACCCACAACAAAUGAGCACAACUGUCGAACCAACCAUAACAACUCUCACAGCUGCCCAAACCACAACAAUCAAGGCCCUCACCACAACAACAACCGCCCCAACCACAACAACAGAGAGUCUACUCACAACAACUCAGGCAUCAAGCAUUACCACAAAGGGCCCAACCACUACAACAGAGGCAGGAACAACAACAACAACAGCUGCCCCAACCACAACUGUGGAACUAAGCACAACAACUCUGGUGCCAACCACAACAUCUGCUGUCUCAGCUUUGAUAACAGCCACCCCAACAACUAA